UACGCACUUUGAUGAGCAUGAACUUGACUGCUGGGAGUCAUUCCAUUCCUUUGAGUGAUGGAAACAGCAUACCGUUAAUGGGAUUGGGAACCUACGGGGAUCCCCGCACGACUCCUAAAGGAACUGCAUAUGAAUCAGUCAAAGUGGCUAUUGAAACAGGGUACAGACACAUCGAUGGGGCCUUGGUCUAUUUCAACGAACAUGAGGUGGGACAAGCCAUCAGGGAGAAAAUUGCAGAUGGAACUGUGAAGAGGGAGGACAUCUUCUACUGCGGAAAGUUAUGGAACACAUUUCACCCCCCAGAAUUGGUACGACCUGCUUUGGAGAAAACCUUGAAGACAUUACAGCUGGAUUAUGUCGACCUCUACAUUGUUGAAAUGCCCACAGCCUUUAAGCCAGGAGAUACAUUUUACCCCAAAGAUGAAAAUGGGAAGCACAUUUAUCACGAGACAGAUCUCUGUGCUACGUGGGAGGCUUUGGAGGCUUGCAAAGAUGCUGGACUAGUAAAAUCACUUGGCGUAUCCAACUUCAACAAGCGGCAACUGGAACUGAUCCUCAACAAACCUGGGCUGAAACACAAACCUGUGUCAAACCAGGUUGAAUGUCAUCCGUAUUUCACUCAGCCAAAGCUAUUUGAGUACUGCAAGCAGAAGGAUAUUGUCAUUGUGGGAUACAGCCCCUUGGGGACAUCUAGAGAUGCAUCCUGGGUAAACCUGACAUGCCCCCCAUUGCUGGAAGAUGAGCUGCUGGUCUCGGUUGCUAAAAAGUACAACAAGGCCACAGCCCAGGUGGCCUUGAGGUUCAACGUGCAGAGAGGAGUGGUGGUCAUCCCGAAGAGCUUCAGCCCUGUUCGCAUAAAGGAGAACUUUCAGAUAUUCGACUUCUCGCUUUCUGAGGCUGAGAUGAAGGCAAUUGAGGGACUGAACAAGAAUAUUCGUUUUGUGGAACUGCUCAUGUGGUCUGAUCAUCCCGAGUAUCCAUUUCACGAUGACUACUAGACGCCACAGAUGCCAAGACUUCAUUUAAAUUUGAAUUUUAAAUAAGCUGGCUUGUUCGCUUUGCUUUAACAUUUUGUGCUUUUACUUGAAAAUUAUUUUGAUAGCCCUUUUAUUGAAGAUUUCAUAAAAAUGGCAGAUAUAUACUUAUCAUUGAUUGAUUAAUUGAUGU